AUAUAAUAUGUUGAACAAACAAGCUGAUACAAAAUUUUAUAAAAUUAAUAAAUAUAAUCAGUGAACGGCCUAAUGUGUGUCUCAAACAUCCCAUUUUGUCGUUGACAUUGACAAUGACAGUUUGUACGUUGCUAUGGCGGCAUAUUUGUAAAUUAAAGGUCGACACGCUAUAAUUUACCAAAAUCCAGCGGAAAAAUGUAAAAUCCAGUACUUAGAAUGUACCAUUAAUCAUUGUUUCAUGUAUAUGAAAAUGUAAAUUAAAGAUGAAAGUUUUACACAAAAAAUUUAGUGUUCGUUUGUUUUGUUUGUGAUUGUUGUUAUAUUUAUUAUUUGCACAAUGUCCUCGAAUAACUUAACAAAGUCUGCGUAUGAAAAGGAUCAAAAUGAUAAUAAUUUGUGUAAGAAACAUGCCUCACGUUGUGAUAAAGAUUAUUACCGCUCAGUGUGCCCAUCAAAACUAAGUAAGCGUGAGCUAGAGGACUUAUAUUACUCUCUAUUAGAGAAUAAUUUAGAGUUGAAGCGAACAAUCAAUGCCCAAACUGAGAAGAACCGAAUACUAUCAACCAAAGUGCAGAGAAUGACGUCUCAGACUAAGGCUUAUACGGGCAAGGACUGCUGUGCUGCGGCUAAAGCUGUUAUCAAUGAGCAACGAGAAGGGAUAGCAGACCUAACGAAAGCCAAUGAGGCCUUAGCAGAUAGGAUCCGAAAGCUCAGCACACAGUUGUGUACCACCAAACAGUUCCUGAAACAUAACCCCAGUAACCGGAGCUGCUACAAGUGUUUUGCUAAUACUCAUAAUUCUAUCAAAAUUCAUUCAUCAAUGUCCUUGCAAAACAAAUCAUCAGCUGCCAACCUGAAAUCUGCUGCAGUGUCUACCACACAGAUUGAGCAAGAACCUCCUUCAACAAGGGCUGCUGAAACGAAUACUUUAGAAAAUGGCCUGGAGAAUGUUGAAAACGUUAGGUUCAUUUUUUCUAGGACAGACGCGGAAACCGUGUGUAGCGAAAACAAAUGCAGAUCUAUAGUGGAACAGUUUAAGCAGAAAAUAGAAGAUUUAGAAGAGGAACUAGCUAAAACACAUACGGAGUAUUCGAGCCGAAUGACACAAUUAGAAAACCAGGUAUCUGGGCUGCAGUCGGCCGUGCUGCGCGCGCGCAGCGAGCAGAGCGUGCGCAUCAAGGACUCGCUGGAGCUCGUGCGCGGCGCGCGCAACGCCGAUGCCGACAAGGCAGCGGAGUUAGAAACACAGUUAUCAAUCGAGAAACGAAAAGUGGCCGAGUUAGAGAUGCAGCUCAAGGCGGCAGAAUUAUCCCAACAGGUUGCCAAGACUGUGGAAAAUCAUCUCAGCACCAGUUAUCAAUUGGAAGAAAAACAAUUACGCCAAACGAGUGUUGAACGAUGCAGCGUUUGUUCUAACGUGUUUAUGGGCGAUACGUCCCCACGGCUAAUACCGACUACGACCUCAACUAAGACGCCGAAUGAACUAACAGUCCCCGACGACAAACUAUCCAAGUCGGAUGAUUCGGGUUACGCCGACCAUCGACAAGAAACUGAUAACGACGAAAAGAAUAAUAAGACCAAUCUGGAGUUAAUGAAAAGGAUAGAGGAAAUUCAAGCGCAAUUAGAUGCCUUACAAUUAGCAAAGGCUGAAAAGAAUAGCGCUGAACAAGAAUCAUCUCCGUAUCCUAAAACAUUUGAUUACUAUUAUAAAUCUGACGAUGAACAAGAUUUUAAAGAUGUUAAGACCUCGCCAAAACCAACACGAAUAUCUAUUUCUGAACGUGAAGCUACAGUAAUAAAUGUACCAAUAGAACCUGAAAAUACAGAAAACAAUAUGUAUGAUAGUGAAAGAAAAAAUAACAGGACACAUGACAGUGAAAAACUAAAUGCGAUGAUUGAAACGGAUACACCUGCUAAAGAUAAUGAAUAUUUGUAUAGAGAAAUUUAUGUAAGAAAUGAUUCUAAUUCAGAUAAAAGUAAUGAAACUCAAGUAAACAAUUCAGCCGAACAAGUUGUUGAAAAUUGCUCAGUUAAAUGCGAAUGCCCCGAUGACAAUACUGAUCUUGAAACAAAUACCGACAAGACUGAAAAUAAUGAGACGAAAAGUCCGGAAAAAUUAAGUCGUACAGUUAACAUAGAAGAUCAGUUGAAUUAUCCAAAAGAAACUGAACAAGGAGACUUUUCAAACAACAUUCAAACAGAUGUUGAAAUUGUAAUACCAAAACCUAUCAACUAUUAUAACAAAUCUACUACAGAAAUACCACUAAACGGUGAAAAGGUUACAAGUAACAGACAUCCUUCUAUAAUUCGUAAUUCAAAACCUUUAACGAAUAAAAAUGAUGAUAAUUUUCAGCAAAUACCAGGGCCUAUACCUAUCAAUGACUCAGCAGCUAAACGAAGAGUUUCUUUAACAAAGAAAAAGAUUAAACCUGGAGGAAAAAGGAAAAUUGAACCGGCCAAAGAUCAAAGCAAAGAUGAUAGAAAUAAAAAAAUCAAUAAAAAAGAUAAAAAGGUUUUAGGGAAAACUGAUCAAAGAGAUUUAAACGAUAUACGUAAAGUUGAGCCUAGCGAUGCAAUUAGGCACAAAGAAACACAGGAACCUAAAAGUGAAGGAUUAGAAAAUGAAAACUUGCCAUUCGAUGACAAAACGAAUAGCAUAAGAAGAAUACAUGAAUAUGGCUCCAUUUUGAGAGCUCCCAUAGGCUCGUCGACACCCAAAGCAGGAAGACCUCCUACUCCGAUAUCAGCACAUACUUAUACCAUAGACUCGGACAAGUCCCGACCCAACAGUCCUGCAAACACGGAACAUGAGAUAUCAGUUAUGACCGACUUGCCUUCAGAGAAUGAUGACCUGUAUGACAGACUGUCGCCCGGCGAACAUAGGACCAUAGCUACCAGCACGGACACAACACCGCGGCAAUACACACUCAGCGAGGGCGAAGUACCUGUCAAUCUGAAACGCAGGACGUCCAAGUCCUUAGGAGAGGUUCCGAGAAACGACUACACGAAAGAGGACUCUUCAUUUGGUGAGCAAAGAUCGCCUGCGCAAAAAAUGGAGGCGACGUUGCAAGUGAUCUCUCAGGAGUUGGCACGCUGUCGAUCGCUGCUGCAGACCCAAAGGUCUCGAGAGCAGAAGAACGCCGCCACCACCAACCCUGUCUCCUUAGUGCUCCGGAAAACUGAGGGAAGGUCCCAUUUUGUCGGCACAGUGGCGCCAUCUUGUUUGUUUACGAUGCACGUUGUGACUGUCGUACUUUCUGAUGAGGCAAUUGUAAGGUCUCGCGAUACUCACCUGGUGCUGAAAUGGCGCUUCGAACACAAAACAACAAUGACGCCACUGAGCAAAGGGCGAGUUACCUACUUUGACUUCUCCACGCAGUAUGGGUUGCAGAUGACUAAGGAAGUGGAAGAAUAUUUGAAAAAUGAAGACAUGCUGAUACUGAUUUGCGAGAUGGACAGCACUAAGGAGCCGUUUGCCACAUGCGCGUUGCCGCUGCGACAAGUGUUGCUGAACGUCAACAGGCGGGUUGACAUGUCUUUACCGUUAAGAGCCGGUCCAUAUCUGAAGGAGAAGCCAACUGGGAUUCCCCAAGCUAACGACGACGUCGGUGUGCUAGACGUGUGGUGCAUGCUGCUUUGCAAAUAGAAACCAAUUACGAGCUGCCAGUAAAACUAUCGCUCAGAAUUCGGGGAGUGGGUGAGCCGCGUUGCGGUGCCGGCGCUGCUGCGACGCCGCAGACGGCUU